AAUAGCGAGCACCCGAAAGGAGCUCACAUGUGCUUCGGCUGCAAUCAUGUUACCACAAAGAGGCAUCAUGUCUAGGCCAACAUAGGAACACUUGGCUAAAACGGGUAAUACGGACACCACGGGCCGCCGCCAAACGAACCUCGGCAUGGCGUCCCGGAUUUGAGAUCAGCGUGCCUCCCCGCAUUCUGUCGGCAAGGGAUGCAUAUACUCCGUAUACUCCGUAAGCGAUGGCAGCUCACGUUCCUACGGUAUAUACUACUACUAUAUAUACAAGGGGCGGUGACGGUGUAACAGGAAGGCGGAACAUCCUUUUACAUGUUUUACGUGAACAACUCAUCAAAACAAAACAAAAAAAAAGUAAAGGGCUCUUGAAAGGAUAACGUCACACCACAGCCAUGGCUCCCAAACAAAAGGCUCCGGUCUACAUCCUCGGCGUGGGCAUGACCAAGUUCAUCAAGCCCCGGGGCAAAGUCGACUACACCGAGCUGGGCUAUGAGGCCGGCGUCAAGGCGCUCCUGGACGCGCAGAUCAACUACGACGAUGUCGAGCAGGGCAUCGCCUGCUACUGCUACGGCGACAGCACCGCCGGCCAGCGCGUCUUCUACCAGUUCGGCCUGACCAAGAUCCCCGUCUACAACGUCAACAACAACUGCUCGACCGGGUCGACGGGCUUGGCCAUGGGCCGCCAGUUCAUCGCCAGCGGCAUGAACGACUGCGUCAUGGUGGUGGGCUUUGAGAAGAUGAACCCGGGCAGCCUGCAGAGCUUCUGGAAGGACCGCGAGAGCCCGACGGGCACCUUUAUCAAGCAGAUGGCCGAGACGAGGGGCAUCACCAACGCGCCCGGCACGGCGCAGCUGUUUGGCAACGGCGGUAGGGAGUACAUGGAGAAGUACGGCGCCAAGGCCGAGGACUUUGCAGAGAUUGCGCGCGUCAACCACGCGCACUCGCCCAACAACCCGUACUCGCAGUUCCAGCAGGUGUACACGCUGGACGAGAUCCUCAAGUCGCCCAUGAUCUACGAGCCGCUGACCAAGCUGCAGUGCUGCCCGACGUCGGAUGGCGGCGCGGCGGCGAUUCUCGUCUCGCAGGCGUUUCUGGACAAGCGGCCGCACCUGAAGUCGCAGGCCGUCCUGAUUGCGGGCCAGUCGCUGGCCACCGACGGGCCGAGCGUGUUCUCGCGCAGCGACAUCAACCUGCUGGGCUACGAGAUGAUCCAGCACGCGGCCAAGGAGGCCACCGGCGAGGCGGGCAUCACGCCGCGCGACGUGCAGGUGGUCGAGGUGCACGACUGCUUCAGCACCAACGAGCUGAUUGUGCUCGACGCGCUGGGGCUCAGCGACAAGGGCAAGGCGCACGAGCUGGUGCGCAACGGCGACAUCACCUACGGCGGCAAGUACGUCGUCAACCCGUCGGGCGGCCUCACGUCCAAGGGCCACCCGCUGGGCGCGACGGGCAUCGCGCAGUGCGCCGAGCUGGUGUGGCACCUCCGCGGCUGGGCGAACAACCGCGCGGUGCCCAACACGAGGUACGCCAUGGCGCACAACCUGGGGCUGGGCGGUGCCGUGGUGGUGACGGUGCUGCGGCGAGCCGAUGGCCAGGUCGCGCCGGUGGUGGACUCUGAGACGGUGGGCAGGGCGAAUAAGUUGGGAUACAACCCGGCGGUGGAGGCAAAGGGGUUCACAAAGGAGCAGGCGGACGAGGUGAUGAGCAAGACGGCGAGGAAUGACUGGGCGCUGCAGGAGACUCGGGAUAAGGUUGAGGCGCGAUUCUAAAGCGCGCGUGUGUGUGUAUAUGUGUGAAGUUGAAAAAAAGAAGACGGUUAUGGGCUAUGAAUAAGCUUGUUUUUUUUUGUGUAUUAUACCUAGUAUGAAUUUUUUAUUUUUCGUUAUAUUGACGAUAGCAUAGCCUAUGCAUGAUGACCUUUUAUAUU